AUGGAGGCAGGAAACCAAACGCCCGUGACAGAAUUCGUCCUGGAGGGACUCUCGAACACUAGGGAGCUUCCCUCUCUCUUCCUCCUCCUCUACCUGCUCACCCUGCUGACUGUGCUCUGCGAUCCCCAACUCCACGCCCUGCCCAUGUACUGCUUCCUCGGCCACCUCUCUUUCCUCGAUGCCUGCUUCUCCUCUGUUGCCGUGCCCAAGAUCCUGGCUGGCUUGGCGGGGCCUGAGAGCAGGAUCAUCUCCUUCAGCGGCUAUGCAGUGCAGCUCUAAGCCUUCCAUUUCCUGGCCAGCACCGAGUGCUUCCUCUACACGGUGAUGGCCUAUGACGACUUCAUGGCCAUCUGCCACCCUCUGUGCUACACCAUGGUCAUAAGCAGAAGCACCUGCAUGGGGCUGGCAGCCAGCACUUGGCUCACUGGCUCACUCCGUGCCAUGAUCCACACCAUCCUGACCUUCUGCCUGCCCUACUGUGGCCCCAACCGGGUGGAAUACUUUGUCUGUGACUUCCCCUCUGUGCUGAAGCUGGCCUGUGCCGACCCAGCUGCCAACAAAGCUGUCAUUCUGGCCAGCAUCGAGGUGGUGGCAGCUGGCUGCUUCCUGUUGAUCUGCAUUUCCUACGCCUACAUUGCAUCCACUGUCCUGAAGAUCCGCACGGCCCAGGGGAGGCUGCGGGCGUUCUCCACCUGCAGCACCCACCUCAGCCUGGUGCUGCUGUUCUAUGCACCACUGCUGUUUGUACAUGUGUGCUCCUAUUCGAGUCACAUAUCCAAUGGGGCAGUGGCUGUGUUCUACACCAUGUUCACCCCCCUUUUGAACCUCUUCAUAUACAUGCUGAGGAACAAGGAGAUGAAGAAGGCCCUGAGGCGACUGAAGGAUAAAGUGUCUCAUACAAAAUAA